CGGUAUCCCCUGCCUGUCGUAAGAGGCGACUAAAAGGGGACACACACACACAGACUGAAGCAAAAAAUUGUAAAAGUAUGGCAAAUGUAUGAAACAAUGUAAAAUGCAAAAGGGACUGAGAUUUGGAAAAAGGCGCGCAAAGCGAAUUGCAUAUGGCGCGAGGUAGGAAAGGGCCGCUAGCGGGAGAUUCACGAAACUUCUGUGCGUCUCCCAUCAUAAGAGUUUCCAGACUUGUGAAUAAGUAUUUAGGUUUGAUUUGAAACAGCGGGCGUCGGCCGUCAUCAACAACAAUCGAAACAAUGUGUUUUUUAAUGUAGUUCCAAGUUAUAAGUAAACGGUGAAGAGACAUCGUUGGGAAAUAGGAUCAUUGAAGUAAAGCACGUUAAUUUGUGUAACUUAACCAUAAAAUAAGAGAGAUUACCGUAACAAUGAAUUACGGAAAAAAAUCUCCGAGCAUGGGUACACCCUCGGUGUAUUCCCACGUUACCACACGCAGCAGUGCGAAUUUGAAAUCAUCACGAUCGAUGCGUAGUGUCAAAAUCACACCUUGGUAUCAGAAACCAAUUUUAACGCACGCCUAUGUGCUUGACAUUCAAAGAGGUGCGAUGUUUACAGCGAUAUUUUCACUGUGUUUGGCGGUUUUUACCAUUUGUACCUCGAUAUUUGAUCUUUAUUGUCUCUCGCAAGCUGCACCAGGUUCGACUCACUACGGUUACUACGUGAUAUCGUACGAAUUCGUUUACGUGGGUAAUCGACACGUUCGUAAUGCCCUGGUUGUCUUUUCUUUGUUCUCCAUGCUUGCCGCGGUGGCGGUAUUUGCAACCUCGUUGAUGCUAAUCACUGCUUUAAGAAAGGAAUACGAAAAGAAAACGGUGCCAUGGUUGUACUGUUUUGCAGCUUUCACUGUCUUCAGAUUAUUUUCUUUCGUAUUUUCUAGCGUGGUAAACGAUAUGAUAUUUGCUUAUAACAUUGCUAUGUGUCUGUUGUGGAUAGUAUUCAUUUGUAUUUCCAUUUAUGGAUGGUUAAUCGUAUAUUCUUUAUACUUGGAAUUGUCUGACCUAACGAGAUUAGAAGAUUUGGCGCAUUUAAGGAUCGGCACUAUGCAGUCGUUGAACGCAUCUACUACUCACUCUAUCGCCGGUUCUCGUCCAACGACCCCGCAUAGCGCGGUGUCGACGAUGCCUGCCAAUUAAAUAGAAACAUGACAAUACCUUUUGUGCUUGGUCGUGUUUAACGCGAGAACUGGAAAGCGAUUCAGGUAAAUCGCAUCCCGCUUUAGAAUAUAUGAAACACGACGAGACGGUCCGCAGAUGAGCCGUUAUCAAGAUCCUGCCUUGGCUCCAGUACCUUCUAUCCGUAAGUCUAACCUUUCAUCUCUUUUCCAUCCGUCCGUCCAUUUACUUGAAAAUCCGUCCAAUAUUUUAGUGACGAAAAAUCGUUGAUAAAUGUUUUUAUACGUAGAAUUUUAUAUCGUUAUACGAACGUAGCAUUAAGCUAUAUGUAGCUAAAAUUACAAAAAAUAAAAUGCUAUGUCUCUAGGAA